AUGAAUGCAAACAUAGAGAGCAGCAGCGAUUUAUGCAGAGGUCCAUUUUCGGCGACCAAGUUGGUGAGUAUACAAUCUAAGGUCACCUCGAUCGUCAAUGAAGUCGCAUACUAAUUAUCGACAUUUUAUUCGAUUUAACAUUUUCUACAUGAAAUGCGACAUCUUCCAUUGACAAAACGAGGAAAUUUCUUCUGUCUUAUUUCGUUUGCGUGUCCUUUUGUCCCUUAGUGGAAUGACAUCGUGCAACAGAUGAAAAGCAAUGUUUCAGUGAAACGAAGAAGAUGGCGGAUGAAAGUGUUCGAAGAUGCGUUUGUAGCUUCUGAAGCAUUAGACUGGCUUCAUAGCUUCCUUAAGGAAAAUCCAAACUUUGGAGCCGAUGUGACUCGACAACAAGCCGUGCAACUUUGUAGUAAAUUUCUCAAAAAUGGAAUCAUAACGGACGCACGAGGCAAGCAAUAUAAUGGAAUGUUCGAAGACAACAACCAUCUGUAUCGGUUCACGGACAAGGUUCGAUAUUCGCCUUAUAAGGUCAAGCGCCCUCCGAAAAAUGAGAGAUCUCAGGCGCCGAAGAGCGAGAAAGAAACAACAAGAACUGUAGCGGCACAAAAAAGGACACUGAGUACAAUUUAUCAAGAUGAGCCAACCGAAGAUUGGUCAGUUUCUAACACUGUUUCAACGCCAUCCAAUGGCAGUGGAUACAAUCUUCGAUCUAAUCCGCUUACGAUCGGCCCUUCUAGAACACCUCUGGUUAAUAGAUUGAACGUUCAGAGCGCUAAAAGAGGUAAUCCCGGAAACUCAGUUAAAAGUACAGGUGGUGUUAAAUUAAGAAGGAGGAGCAAUCGUCGAGACGACUUACAAGAUGUCAUAAUGAAUCCCGCAGCUUUUGUUGCCCACAACCGGCGCUCAUUGUCAGAUAAGGAAAUUAGUGAAGUCUGGUGGAAUAUUGCCACCAUUCGGUGAGUAAGACAGGCCUCUUUCAGAUAAAGUUGCACCUCCAUGUGCGUCAUAAAACCAGUUUCCCAGUAAAACUGGAAUCCUGGCAUUUCAUGUGGUCCCUUACACAAGUUUCUAAUGGAAUGUUUCUAAUCCACGUUGUGCCAAAAAAUUCUCCCGGCCGAGACAUAUAGUGAUGCAAAACCUUUGAGAUCAACACAAAUUCUUGUCCAAAGCCUGGGACGCUUUCCAUUCAGCAAAACUUACUUUGUGAAAUUUUGGAAAUUCCACUUCCACGUGCCCAGUGGAACGGUACAUUCUGGCUGCACAAAUCUAACCCAAGCCACCAACCACGCAUUUGGUUAUUGUUCUUGUAAGAAGAGUGCAAAAGAAAGGUACUGGAGACAGCAAUUUUCCCAAAUGGAAAAGGACAUUUCUGCCGGACCAACUGGAAUGAUUGGGCGCUUCAAAGUGGUCCACCUUCAAAGCUGGUCCCAAAUACUCUGGUCGGACCGAACCAAAAUGAUCCGUUACAUUGGGUUUCUGACCAAAAUUUCCAGAAUUUUGGGCUGAAUGGAAAGUGCCCCUGGUUCCCAUAUACUGGCCACCAAUCUGUCACAAAGCCAUUGGUGCUGCCUCAAUGCAUGGUUCCAAAGUUUGGAACAUUAAGAGCUAUUCCUCCAGUAAGUAAGGGGGGAGGGGGUACUCCCUUGUUAAAGUGGCCUAAACAGGUAUGUGAUGCUCAACAGGGUAUGGUUUUCAGGUUCUCGAGGAUAUACCAUUUCACUAUUUAGCAAUUUGUCAUAUUUUACAGCUUAAAGAGACUGAUGGAUCUAGAUGAUUCAGUUAUUAAUUCACUGAAAGAUGAUGACUAUGAUACGAGUUGUGUGCAUCACAGUUCAAUGAAACAAGAGUUUCCAAAAGGUAAAAUGCAACCUUGGAAUAUGGGCCAAGUUGUUCAAAGCCAGGUUAAGAUAACCCAGGGUUAGUGCGAGAUUUGAAUUCAGAUUUGAAAGCUUAAAAAGCAUUUCUAUUUUAAUUCUUUUUGUCUACGAGGUGAAGAUUGGAAGCCCUAAAAAUAACAGAGAAAAUUAUCCGAGAAAAUGCUCUUGAACACAAGAAAGAGAAACCCGGGUUAAAUUUAACCCCGGGUUAAGCGUUAAUCGGCCUUUGAACAACUGGGCCCUGGAUUAUGAAUUAACAUGUCAACACCAGGUACAUGCAAUUAUUACUUUUCAACAAUGAUUAAAACUGCUUUUCAAUGAAACAAUUUUUAUUCUUAUUAUUUUUCUAUCCAGCUGCUGAAGUCUUUCCUCAGUGGCUAAUACCUGCAAUGAAAUGCCUGAUACAUUGUAAGUCAAGGAAUAAAGUUAAUGUUAAUGCACAGUGCAUUUUACUGUGCUUUUCAAAAACACACAACGUGCAAUGUUCAAAAGCCAACUGAUGUUUGCAUUUUUUGCUGCUGUCAAUCAUCUUAGCCAACCUCUUAGGAANAAACCCGGGUUAAAUUUAACCCCGGGUUAAGCGUUAAUCGGCCUUUGAACAACUGGGCCCUGGAUUAUGAAUUAACAUGUCAACACCAGGUACAUGCAAUUAUUACUUUUCAACAAUGAUUAAAACUGCUUUUCAAUGAAACAAUUUUUAUUCUUAUUAUUUUUCUAUCCAGCUGCUGAAGUCUUUCCUCAGUGGCUAAUACCUGCAAUGAAAUGCCUGAUACAUUGUAAGUCAAGGAAUAAAGUUAAUGUUAAUGCACAGUGCAUUUUACUGUGCUUUUCAAAAACACACAACGUGCAAUGUUCAAAAGCCAACUGAUGUUUGCAUUUUUUGCUGCUGUCAAUCAUCUUAGCCAACCUCUUAGGAAACAGAACUUUACUUUAAUGGGUUCAAAAGGUCAUAGUUUGUGAUUGGUGGAUUUUGAUCCAUUUUGUGUGUUUCUGUGUUUCAAGGUUCAUUGCUUGUGAUCGUAAUAAAUGAUUGAUGGCACGCAAAAAAUGCAAUAUUGUGAAGGCAGCUUUUGAACUUCUUAGUCUGUGUGUUUUAGAAAGGCACAGUAAAAACAACUGGUUAUACUAUAAUUGCUCUGUUUUUCUAACAAAGGAAAGUCUACUAUGGAAGUAAUGAAAUUUUGAUGUUUGUCAUACCUCCCAGAAAUAGCCUAGUAUGUAACUCUAUAGGGCAACAUCACAAAGGGUUGGAGGCCAGCAUUUCCCCUGCUUGCUAUGAACAUGGUCGUGAAUACUUUCAUAGGAAGCAAAAUUAAAAUACAUGUAGACCCAAAAUAACUUUCUAGUGUUUAAUUCCCAUCAACUAAUAAUUAUACGCAAUUAUUGCAUAUACGCGCAAGGAUAAACCUUAGUGCCUUUAUAAUGUGAAAUUAGAAGAUUUGAUAUUAUGGUAUUAUUAUUGUACAUUAUCAAACACAAAUGCCAUUAUAUGAAAGUCCCACUGAAGGGGUUGCAUUGGAAUGUUUAUCCCACAGGACUUUGUCUGCAGACUCAAAUGUUAGUGAAAAUAAGGCGUAAUAUUUAUGUUUACUCUGUACCUUAGUGACCUUAGUUAUUAACUGUCUCAACAUGGAAGGGUUACCUUUGACAGAAAUAUUGCAACCUUGGAGCAAAUGCCAACAGGUCUUUUCCCAAUUUUUUUUGUACUGACUAAAGUGCUUUUUUUUUUCAUGAUACCUUUAAAAUUUAGGGCCAAAUGGAGAUUUUUCAAAGCAAAGCUUUCCCAAGUAUGCAGGUUUUGAGCGAGAUGUGUUCAAAGCAGUGGUGGAGUAUUUUGAUGAAGAAGAAAGAUGUCCACUGGUUCCAAAGCGAAUGCUACUAGUCUUCAAGAAAAUAGUUGGUAAUAAUAAUAAUAAUAAUAAUAAUAAUAAUAAUAAUAAUAAUAAUAUAAAUAGUGAUAAUAAUUAUUAUUAAUAAUAAUGAUAACAAACAGAUGGUGUUGUUGGUGUUUACGUCAGACUACAGGCAACAUCCAGGGCUGUCUCUAAAAAUUUCAAGUUGCUGGGUAUAUGCAAGUAGGUGGGAUACUGAACAGCUAGCAGUGACAGAUCCAGGGAAGGGACGCUCACCCCUUAUUUUCAGACCAAACUGAGGCCCUAAGGGUUUUGAGACUGCCCCUCCCCCUUAUCUCAGGCUCUGGAUGACUGCCCCCCCCGUUAUCUGAAGGUCUGGAUGCGCCAAUGGCUAGGGAGUUUUUUUGGCCUCAUUUUCCUUUUGUUUGCGGCCCGCUGCUCCUAGUGACAGCCCUGGUCACCCCUGUAAUAGAUAUCAACACAAUGCUACUAAACCCACAGUGGUGCCUCCAUUCAUUAUUAAAUAAUGGGGUAGUUUAAAAAAUAUUAACAAUUUUUAUAAAAAUCUAAUAGUAAGUUAUUAAUGAAGCUGAAUUUAUACUGCCUUAUUAUUUUUCAGAUUAUCUGUUUAAAUGCAAGCUUACAGCCAUGCGAUCUCUGCAGUACUGCUGUUUAAUGAUUCCCGUAAAGAACCGAGAAUUGCUACAAGUGCUGUUGAAAUUUAUGGUUCGCCUACUUGACAAUCAUGCACUUUCAUUAAGUGAUGAUUUACCUACAAAAGAAAAGGUAAUUAAAAUUGGUGGGAAUGUAUUGAGCUUCAAGCUUCUAUCACAGAUAUCUUCGUAUAAUAUCACCCAUGAACCUUAAAACCAGUUAAUUUUCAACAAUGCCUACCACCUGACCAUCUCCUUCCUUGUACAGCACUCUGGUUCAUACGGUCAAGUUUUCUCCGACAUUACAAGAAACCCACUCUUUUUCACAUCAAGUCUUAUGCUUUAAAACGUUCAUAGAGAGAAGUAGUGGAAGUGCUUGGAAGUAGUGGGCACAAGAAAAAACGGGCGCGCGAGAAGGAGACACGCGAGGGGAGAGGUAGCUCCCUCACCCCUCGCGUGUUUCCCUCGCGUCGCGGGCAAGAGAGAAAGCGGGUGAUGAAGGUUCGCGGAAAAUGCGUCCGAUUUUGCAAAUAAUAAAAGAACGUAACUGUCAACUAGGUCAGAAAAUCGGUACGGUAUAAACCACAUUGUCGGCUGUACCUUGUUAUCAGACUUCUGUACUUUAUGCUGGAAAAAUUUCCUGAAUACUUCAAGGUAAAUAUCGCUUGGCAAACUACGACAAAUUUUGUAGUGAAUUCUUAAAACCAACAGGGAGCUUAAGGGGCAACAACGACGGCGACGGCGACGGCGACGGCUACGAAAACGUCACUUAAAAAGUGAAGUUGCGCUGCUUCAAACUUUAUCGCGCAUAUUCCCUCGCGUUCAAUUCGUCUAAUGUUGGCAGUUUUUUUCUGGAGUUGAAUUCCAAAAGACUGUAUCGAAGUGCAGGAAAAGAGAAAGUCCACGUCCUCCACAAAACGUGAAAAUAGGCAUGAUUUAAGUGUAGAGUUCUUGGUUUGCUAAUUAAACGCAUUGCGUUUUUACCGUUCUCGUUGCUUAAGCUCCCAAGCGAGACUCAACGAGGUUUUUCGUGCUCAAGGAGAGGAAAGGAAGGGGGGCCCCUCUCCCCUUCACGUCUUUUCCUCACGUGCUCUGUAAACACUAACCAAAAAAAUAACUAGCACCUGCAAAUAAGGACAUUUCCUCUUUUCAUUAACUGGUAUGUGAUGUACAUUUGCAGAACCCCGAGGGGCUUCAGUUUCAAGUGGAGCAGCGACUCUUAUUCCUUAGAAAUUGUCGUGAUAACAAGGUAUGACCACACCCAAACCCCAAAUAAACCCUUUCCUCUUUCAAGAAGAAACAAGCUAUCCAUAGUGGAAUAUUUGCAAGCACCACAGAGCUGUCAAAUGCGCUUAUAACCGCGAACUCUUUAUAGUUAUUGUUUGGGGCAAUAUUUUGUGUGAAAGUACACAUAUACGACGACACCCAAACACAAAUAAACCCUUUCCUCUGUCCACAUGGAAGGAUCAAGUAAUCCUUGAUGGAACAUUUCUAAGGACCACUUUUAGUAAUUAUAUGGAACACAUAAAGAUCUUGAGAUUUACGGUCAUUUGGCGAACGUCAACGUCUUCGGUUGUUUCGAUAGUGUCCUAAGUCAGUUUCCCAACUUCUUUCGCCUGAUCAGUGACAUUAAGCGUGUGAUAUUCUAGUUGACAGUACCAUCCCAAGCUCUUCCCCCUGUCAAAUCCUACUGUGAGAAGGUCACGCCACAAGAGUUCAAAGAGCAGUCAUUGAUCACAUCGCAGCGUUCGUUGAAGGACCUUCUCGACAAAAUAAUCGUCGACGACAGCAUCAGCGUAAGAGAGAGAAAGAGACAACUGAAACAGGUUCGUAAACUCAGACUCGCAAUCCCGACGCGAUACUGGUCUGGUCAUUUCGACACAAAGUCGUCUCAGUGAAUCUGCUCAACAAUUUCGAUCACUGACACUUACAGUAUCGAUAGCGCGUGAACAAGAAAAACCGAUGGCGUGAGUAUUCCUCGUUCUAUAAACUAACUUCUCGAGACUAUACAUCGGCUGAAUCAACUUGUGUCGAAACGACCGGUAAAGAAUGUAUCGCAUGAUGAGAUGCAGUGUACCGGAAAGGCGUGGUCAUGUCGGGGUUUCGAUUCAUGUAAUUUGCUGUAGUUUUUUUCACAGAAGAUCCUGGAAAAUGAUGUAUUUGUUACCCAUGUUUAUUGAAAUCAUGUGCGAAGCAAAGUUCCCUCGUUUUUUUGGCUAUUUUAUUCCUGCAGAAACGCUUAGAGACGUCGAGUAGAAAUGAAACUUCCAUUACGGGUAAGGAAGAGAAGCAAAAACCCGGAGCCUAUCGUAUCCUCCUGCAAAAACGGAUAUUUUUACCACUUAAGAUAAAAGCAAUAACUUUCACAACAACUUGCAAACUUUGUUCACUGUGUUUUUUCUUUUGACUUUCGCAGUUCGAAAAGACGUAUCCUGAAAUUUACCGUUCAAGAUUGCCUGGGGACAACUUAUCUACCUGUUCAACAGCAUCACAGAGGUCCGAAAAGCUAAAACAGGUCAUGAAACCGCUGGCCAUACUCAAGAACUUGCGAUGA